AAAGCAGAGACACCCCCACAUCCCUGUAAUGUACACUUGUCUACCCUCCAUUCCAAUGGCAAUUUUAAACUUUGAUGCAUUCAAAUUGAAUAACUGCCACAUGAUUUCAUGCCCACUUGCUCUCUUCCAUAACUCCACUGCUGGAUAAACAAUUGGUUAAAGUUCUAAAGGAAAAAAAAGAGGAAAAAGGAAGUGCUUUCUGCUUUCUUGGUUUCUCUGCAACAGUCUUUUGUCUCUUAUUGCAAUCAUGAAAAUAUAGCCAGGCAAAAUCAAAGUUUAAGUUUGAUUCAAAGUUUAAAAAAAGCACAGAAGAACUUUGAGUGCUUAAAUCUUUUUCUACAGAAACGGGAUAUGAACCUUCUUGCUCUGUUUCUGCCCAUCUGGGCAUUGUGUAGCACAUUUUUGUUUUUCUUGCUUGAUGCCAGACCUGAGUCUACAUUCUCUUCCAUUUCUGGGCCUUCUCUUCUUGCUAAGAGAGAACCCAUUUCGCUCUUCUCUGUAAAAAUGGAAGCUCAAUCUCCAGGACUGUCUACGGUUCCUAUGGUAAAAAUAGUGCACCAUCAAGAUUUGAACAAGAGAAUCCUCAUAGCACUAAUUGUUGCUUCUUCUCUCCUUGGAGGAAUCUUGAUGUUUCUGUCAUGUUUCUGGAUCCUUAGAAUGAAAAACUCAAAGAACUCUAGCUCCAAAUGUAACGAAAAAUUUGAUGCUGGAAAUGGGCAUUCCCUGAGUCCAAUUCUGGAUAAAUUUAAUUCCUUGAAGAUGGCUGGUAAGAAGGGUUCCAUUGCUUUGAUGGAAUAUCAGUUGUUAGAAGCAGCAACAAACAAUUUCCAGGAAAAUAAUUUACUGGGUGAAGGUGGUCAUGGACGUGUCUACAAAGCUCAUUUCAAUGACAAAUUCCAUGCAGCAGUGAAAAAACUGGAGGGCAUAGGACAGGAUGUACAAAGAGAAUUUGAGAAUGAGAUGAAGUGGUUGACAAAAAUUCAGCAUCAGAACAUAAUUUCUCUUUUGGGAUACUGCAUUCAUGGUGAAGCAAAGCUCCUUGUGUAUGAAAUGAUGCAAAAUGGGUCUUUGGAAAGUCAAUUGCAUGGACCAACACAUGGAUCAGCUUUAACUUGGCAUCUCCGGAUGAAAAUUGCUGUUAAUGUUGCAAGAGGACUAGAAUACCUCCAUGAGCAUUGUAAUCCGCCUGUCGUCCAUAGAGAUAUAAAGUCAUCAAACAUUCUUCUAGAUUCCCACUUCAAUGCCAAGCUUUCAGACUUUGGCCUUGCUGUAACUUCUGGGAUCGAAAACAAGAACAUAAAGCUUUCAGGAACUUUAGGUUAUGUCGCCCCAGAAUACCUUUUGGAAGGUAAAUUAACUGAUAAAAGCGAUGUCUAUGCCUUCGGAGUAGUUCUUCUGGAGCUACUCAUGGGAAGACGACCAGUGGAAAUGAUUUCAGAAGAUCAAUGUCAGUCUAUAGUUACAUGGGCCAUGCCUCAGCUUACUGACAGAUCAAAGCUUCCAAAUAUUGUGGACCCUGUUCUUAAGGAUACUAUGGAUUUAAAGCACUUAUACCAGGUAGCUGCAGUGGCAGUACUAUGUGUACAACAAGAACCGAGUUAUAGGCCGCUGAUAACGGAUGUUCUGCAUUCGCUUAUUCCUCUUGUACCAGUCGAGCACGGAGGAUCAUUAAGACUAACAGAACCUCUGCCUUCUUCAUUGCAUUCUCAGAAAUGAUGUUGGAAUAUGCAGAUACGUUUAUGUUCUUCAUGAUCAUUUUUUUUCACACGACUAUUUCCUUAGUAGAUUUGAAUGCAUUCUGAUCAUUACAGGAAUUGUUUUUCCCUUGUCAUCACAGUUGUAAAUUAAUUGAAUCAAAUGUGAUGUGUUCAUAUUCAGUUUUUUGUAAUGGUGCAUUUCCAAGAACUUGAGUAAGAUGUCAGCUUUAGAGGCAAAAAUGGGAGGAAACUUGAAGUUAGAUUAA